CCGACAUUACCCCUGAUUUAGCGGCUCGACUAGCCUUAUAUUUUGAUAGCACAGUGGAAUUUUGGCUUAAUUUACAAAGAAGUUAUGAGGAAGAAGUAGCAAGGGAAAAAUCAGAGUUAUUAAAAGAGGAGAUUAUCCCUUACAAAGAGAAGCGAGGAACUUCUAAAUAUGCCUCCGCUCAUUAA